CAACGCCAUAAUCGCUUUUCUGCUCUUUCAUUUUCAAUCUGAUUUACGCACAUCGGGAUAGUGUUCUGAUAUGUGCUGACCAAUUAGGGUUAUUCGGCUACGCAAAUUGAAUUCUUCUCUAUCGAUUUAUCUCAUUAUUCAAAGAAUUAAUGGCUUUGAAGUCUGUAAAAUCAAUCGAGAAUGCCCUCAACCUCGUGGAGACGAAGAAAGAAAAUUUGAAAAAGGCAUUUGAAGAAUUGCAGUCGCAUGCCUCUAUGCUCUCCUCAUUCAAUCUCACAUGGCCCGAUAUCGAUUCCUAUUUUACGUCUCUCCAGUCCGAACUCCUCCAGAAAUUCUCGACCCUUCAAGCCCCCGAAUCUUCCCAAACUCGCAAACCUAAACCCGCAAGACGAAAAGUCCCUUUCUCACCCGAACUUGAUCCCGCCCGGCCCGAGCUCAGGUCUCUCUGCGAAAACAUGGACGCCUUGGGUCUAUGUAGAUACAUAAUUGAGCGUCCCAAGGAAAGGGCCGCCAUUAGGGUCGAGCUGGUGGAUGCGUUGAAGCACGCGCCCGACCCAGCUUCAUUGAUCCUGAAUGCAUUGGAGGGCUUUUUGGACAAAAAGGAUGGGUCUUGGUCUAGGUUGAGGGCGACUUGUACGGUGUUACUGGAAGAGAUGUUGAGGGCUGGGUUGGAGAUCCCCCCAGAGGUUAGGGCCCGUGCCAAGGCAGUUGCGGCGGAGUGGAAGGCUAAAAUGGGUGCUGUGAAUAGUGCUGUUAAUGGUGGUGAUGGAGAUGAGGAGGAAAAGGAGGAGGAUGGGGGUUUGGGGAGGUUGGGUUAUUUGCAGCUUUUGGCUACUUACAAACUAUUAGAUGAUGAUGGGUAUGAUAAGGAUGAGCUAAUUGAUUACGUUGUCUCGAGCGCUAAGUACCGGCAAGCUCUUGACUUGUGCCGGAUUAUUGGUCUCGAGAGUAAAAUUUCCGAUGUUAUACUGAGGCUUAUCAGUAAGGGCAAACAAUUUCUAGCUCUCAAGUUCAUAUUUGAGUUUGAACGUACUGAUGAGUUCCCUCCAGUGCCCUUAUUGAAAGCCCAUGUGAUGGAAUCAAAGCGAAUUGCUCAGAAAGUUCGUAAUAAUGGAAAGAAUUCUCGUCAGUCAUUGAAUGAUGCUGCAAUGAAAGAAAUCACUGCACUCAAGGCAGUACUAAGGUGCAUUGAGGAGCAUGGUCUGGAAUCUCAGUACCCUAAAGAUGAGCUGACGACACAUAUCGACAAGUUGGAAAAAGAGAAGGCCGACAGAAAAAGAACUGCUGCUUUUGCCCCAGCUGCUGUACCACCCAAACCUCAGCAGAAGGCAAAACAACCCAAGCAAAAUGGGAACAAGCGAAUAAAGGCAGCACCUGGCCCUUCACCAUUUAUAAGGAAAUUUAAUUCAGCAGGUGCUCAGUCACAUAUAUUGUCCAUAAACAGGCCUGGUUUGUUGCUGGACCAUGCUCCUCCUUACGUCAGUGCACCUGCUGGGCCCUAUGGCUUGGUUGGGCCCGUUUUGGCUGCUGAUCCUUAUGGGGCCUCCUCGGCUAACCUGUAUGGGUUGUCAGGGCCUCCGGUGGCCUUCUCUGGAAAUUCAUCUGCCACCAUUCCUGGUGGUUAUUCUUCUGAGGCACAUUCACAACCUGGUUAUUAUGAUAAUAGAACGGCAACUUACGAUGGGAAAGGAUUACCUGUUUUCCUUGUUGCUCAGGCUUAUACAGAGAAGUUUUUUUCUUCUUCUUCGUGGUCGAAAGGGCAUUUUGGAGUUUUUUGGGCUGCUAAGCAUGAUACCGUCAUAAACUUAGGGCAUAACUCAUGCGGCACCAUGAAAAUUGGAAAGCUCUUUGUAUUUCCUAUCGGACUUCUCGAGCUUAGGUGUUUGUAUGGAAUGGGUAAAUUUCAGCCUACUCUAUGUGUGAUCCAACAGGUGGUCGGAGAUCAGCGAUUGUCGGCGAUCACUUGGAACGACGAUUGUGUGACUUGUGAUGACGAUAAUAGGUCAUGCUUCUAUCGUAAUCCUAUGAGCUUUUUGAGGAAGUAUAAGUUCAAUCAGUUCCAACCCUCUCUCCCUCUAUCUGGCAAAAUCGACAAUGCUGUGGAUAAAAUUACCGUCUUGUCCUUGCCCUUUUCCUCCAUUGCAGCAGCUGCUGCUGCUCAAGAUCACGUGACCGACGCCGCCGGAUCCGGCAAUGGGGCCAGGUACCGUCUCAUGUCUCCGGCCAAGCUCCCGAUCUCGAGGUCCACUUGCAUUUCUAUUCCUCCUGGCCUCAGUCCGACCUCCUUUCUCGACUCCCCUGUUCUUCUCUCUAACAUGAAGAGUGAAUUUUCGCAAAUUGUGCAAUUAGCGUUAGUGGCUAGGCUGAGAUUGGAAUUCGGAUCCGGCUUUGUUGAGGCACCAAAUAAACUUUGGGUUAGGGUUCUGGAGAAUAGGAAUGUUCAGUUUAGUGAGCAACACAUCCGUAUGCUGACGUCACGUAAUUUGUUUGGUGGGAAUCUAUGGACACCUGUAGGAUGUAGGAUAUCGGGUAAAUUCCCUAUCACUAUUGGUUUGCAUCAAGGUUCGACGUUGAGUCUGUAUCUCUUUGCAUUAGCGGAACCUUCUCCAACUACCGGUUCCUUUUUCAAGCGUCAAUGGACGCAUGGCUCUGGUGAAAAUGCUGCACUUUUGAUAGAGAAAAAUGUUUCAAGUGGAAAUUGUGUUGAUGAAAGAAUGUCCAGCAGUUUCGAGUUUAGGUUUCAAACUGGGGCUAGUUCUACAUCAGGAUUAUCAUCGGCUGGGCUGUCGAUUCCUGUAGGAUCAAAUAGAAACGGGCCAGUGAAUCAUCAAGAUCAACGCUAUUCACAAGCUUCUGCACCAUCAACUUUGGCUUCUGUGGCAGUAGGUUUACAGGAUGCAUCUGCUGUUGGUAGUACUACUGAUGAAUUAAAUCAAGGACAUUCCAGCACAGUUAUUCAAGGAUCAUCCUCCGACCAUAAAGAUGGUGUCUUGGUCUCAGCUGAGAGAACAUCAGAUGAUGGUUAUAACUGGAGGAAAUACGGGCAGAAAUUGGUUAAAGGAAGUGAAUUUCCUCGAAGUUAUUACAAAUGUACAUACCCUAACUGUGAGGUUAAAAAGAUUUUUGAGCGUUCUCCAAGUGGACAGAUCACAGAAAUUGUUUACAAGGGUUCGCAUGAUCAUCCAAAACCUCAAGCUUCAAGGAGGAACAAUCCUGGGGCUCUUUUGCCCAUUAAAGAGGAUAAAAUGGAAAAAGAUUUGUCAAUAACUGAUCAAGAGGGCAAGUUGAAUUUUAACAAUAUGGAGCAAAAUGGCUCUCCCAUGUUUUCUCCUCUACAAGCAAACGAGGAGGUAAAUGAUUGUACGGAUUCACCAUUUCAAGGUGUUAAUGACGAUGUUGAAGCAGAUGAUCCUUUUCUCAAGCGGAGGAAAAUGGAGGAUAGUCUUGAUGUUACAUCAGUUGUUAAGCCGAUUCGCGAACCACGAGUUGUUGUGCAAACUGUCAGCGACGUUGAUAUACUAGAUGAUGGAUAUCGAUGGCGCAAGUACGGCCAGAAAGUUGUCAGGGGCAAUCCAAAUCCUAGGAGUUACUACAAGUGCACAAAUGUUGGAUGUCCCGUGCGAAAACAUGUCGAGAGGGCAUCUCAUGACCCCAAAGCCGUCAUAACGACUUAUGAGGGAAAGCACAACCAUGAUGUCCCGACUGCCAAGAACAGCAGCCAUGAGUAUGCGGGAAUUCCUAAAACGAGGCCCCAAGAUAGUGGUGGUUCUAUCAUCAGCCUUGAUCUUGGUGUUGGAAUUGGUCGAAACAUUGAGAUUAGAACAAAUGAACAAUUGCAGGCGUUGGGUGAUGAAGCUGCUAGGAACCAAAUCGGAAGAACAAUGGUUGUUCAAGGUUCACAGAUCCCUGUUUGCUAUGGCAUCGUAAACAGUGGCUUGAAUCUUUAUGGACAUAGAGAUAAUCGUGUUGAAGAUCGUAGCUUUCAGACUCCACCGAUACAUCCCUCUAACCAAUGUCAGCCAAACCUAGGGAGUAUAAUUAUGGGGCCAUGAAAAUAUUGCUUGAUGUUAUUAUAGAAAAAUAAAAGAAAGUUGAGUCUUAUUUUUUUCAGCUGUGUUGAUUAGUUAGGAGCCAAGGGGUUUAAUUUAAACAUCCUUAUUGUGGUAACUAGGAAAUGUUGAUUUUUCUUUGUUUAAGCACCAACAUGGGUCGGCCUUUUUCUGCUUGUUAAUAUAUUGAAUUCUUAGUAUGUCCCAUUUGAGGAUUUGAUAUGGUGGAGAUCAAGUUGGGAAGUUAUUGAUGCGAAAAUCUUCCAAAAUUUUUGUCCCACUAAAAGGUACAAACCAGUGUUUU